AGCGUGACCGAUGUUUCCUCGUUAACUCCCCUGCAGCGCAGCUCCGCUCGCCGCUUUAUAUACGAGCAGCCCCCCGCUCAGGUUCAGUCCUCCUCCACGCACGCACGCACACGAGCGCGGCAGCACCACCACGCCACCACUGAGCUCCGGUCCGCAGCCCAUCGGCUGGCAGCUCGAAGAUCGACGCGACCAUGGGCUUCCCCGUGGGGUACUCGGAGAUGCUGCUUCCGCGCGCGCUGCUGCAGGUGCUCCUCCUCCUGGGGCACCUCCACCGCUUCCUCCUCUGGGCCUUCCACGCCGUGGGGCUCGGCGACCUCAUCGACCUCGCCUGCAACGACUACCCCGCGCCGCCCUCCGCGGCGGUGGCGGAGCGAGCCGUCGCGCCGCCGCUGCAGCACCGGCGGCCGGAGUUCAGGCCCGUCCCCGCGGUGCUCGUCGAGGAGGCGCUCCCCGUGGUGCGGUUCGAGGAGCUGGCGGGCACGGCGUGCGGGGGCGGCGACUGCGCGGUGUGCCUGAGCGGCAUCGGCGCCGGCGACGAGGUGCGGCGGCUCAGCAACUGCCGCCACGCCUUCCACCGCGGCUGCCUCGACCACUGGAUGGCGCACGACCAGCGCACCUGCCCGCUCUGCCGCGCACCGCUCAUCCCGGGGUCCGUCGCCGCGGGGGACCCCACCGGCUGGGCCGCCGCCGCCGCGCCGUGGUCCGACGCCGCCGCCGAGUACGACAUGUCCUACCCGUCGUCGCUGCCGUCGACGCCGCUGCUGAUGGUGCCCACCCCGACGCUGCUGCGGCCGCACGAGCUGCUGCUCAACGGCCUGGGCGGCUUCCAGUGAGCCGCUGCCGCUGCGUGCGUGGCUGGCAGACUGGCAGGUCACGCGGAUCCGUGGCGAGGCAAACCGCGUCGUCAUGUGCGGCCCACACCGGCCGGUCGGUCAGACGGGUGUCCGCCGCCAAAGGCCCAAAGCUGGUCACCCACCGGCCACCGCCCAAGUCUGCUGCAGCAGCGCACGGGUUGGCCUCGUGCCAUCAUCGUCUUCGACGACCUCGACCCGUCCGUCGGCCGGCGAAACCAACGGCAAAGGAGACCGCCCCGGUUUUUACAGCGGCUCCGGAAAGGAAUACGAAUGAAAAAAGAGAAAAAAAUUAGGAAAUUAAUUAAGCAGGUAGUAGGUUGCUGUGUAGGCCGAUUCCAUCUUCCAAGCCAGUGGAGUUGCGAAUCUUUUUCAAGUGAUUCAAUUUCGGCUUGUCUCGACUUAUCUCCUCUCACAUAAUACUAUUCAUUCUACCAGCCAAAUACUAUUCACUGGAUCAGCCGAACAGCCUCGAAAUGAAAUUUGCUGAACAUGAA